AUGCUCCAGGACAAGCAUGUCUUUUUCAAGGACAACCUCCGGUUAUACAGCUCUCCCACGCUUGCCGACUCACUCUCAGCAUACCCUCAUCAAUCUGCAUCAAGAUGGGCGUCCGAUGAGACGAAGCCGGAAUGCCUGCGGUGCCUGAACAAUGGGCACGAGUGCAUGGGCAACGAACGGCGUCGUGUAUUCAAACAAGGAGCAAGCAAACCUUCGCAUACCCUUGCUUGUCGGUCAAGAGUUCCAACAGGUCAAACGUCCAGCUACGAGGCAUCUAGCUCUACUUCCUCGGACACAGAUUCGGAUCUCCCUCGAUUCGACGUGAACCCCGGCACACGCACUCAAUUCGUAGCCAACUUUAUUGAUUUCUUUGAACCUUCAGCUGCCAUCAGGGAUGGGAAAUGUCGUGCUGUCACGCAUCUCCAGGAUACGUUUCCCAGCUUCGUUGGUAGCAGUCCAGUCCUCGAUAAGGCAGUGACAGCGCUAAGAGCGGCAUUCCUUGCUAAGGCGAAAGGGGACACCGAUUUACUAAUGUAUAGUACAAGACUAUAUGGCCAGGCCCUGCAGAUAGUCCAUCGUCGGAUUCAUUCAGGGCGAAAGUGUGGCCAGGACUCCUUUUUCGCCACUUUCGUCAAUUGUUCACCCUUUGGGUUCAGUGCGUGGCUGGCCCACGUCCAAGGAAGCAAUGCCAUCUUGGCCCAUUAUACUAAUCCAAGCCCGCUCAGCGUGACAGAGCAUCUCUUCUGCCGGCAGUUGAAGUUUGUCACGGUGUGCGAUGCAGUUGGGACGAGAAACUCCUCAUACGCUUAUAGCCAAUUCUGGCAAAACCUGCCGUCGGAAAAUCCCUGGCAAGAGCCGGUCGACAUUAUACUUGAUUUAGUCAUGGAAUGUUCGACACUCGUGGAGCUCGUUGACAGCCUCAUCCAGUCCGGAGACCCGAGCGUGCGAGGCGAUUACCAGAAAGGAGAGCAAUUGCUUUCCUCCUGUCUAUCUCUAAAGGAUCGACUUGACCUCGGCUUCCGUGAAAUGCAAACAAGGCUUGGGGUUCUUUGGUCUUUUCCACAACAAAAACCUUUCUGGAGUGAACUUGAUGACUCCAUCCCACGAGAUCUUCUCAUGGACGCCAUUGAUUAUCCAUUUCUCACUUGUUCCGAGUCCCAUUUACUGUGGUGGACAACUUUCAUACUCCUCUACCCCCUCAUCGACGACCUACUCAUCUUUCUCGGUCGUUCACGAAACAACCUCUCGUUUACGUUGUGGGAUAUUCCGCCUUCCCACAAUGAGCCUUGCUCGUGUGCCACCCUAGCCGAUGAGCUUCCAGAGGACCUCCUUGCUGUGGCUGAACAUUAUGCUAACCUUAUCUGCCGCUCUGUGAAAUUCCUUGUCCAACCCCAGGCCAAAGGCAUGGGUGCUCAAAUCUUGCUUGCUCCAUUCAGUCAAGCAACCCAGUUCUAUCACAGCCGGGGGUCCACCGAGAAGCACCAAUGGUGUCAAGCAGCAUUCAUGUGCCUCCCAAAACUGGGCAUCGGUAUAGCUGCUUUUCUGAAGUGUAUGGUCUGGCCAAAAUACGAGGCUGCGACUAGCAAGACAGUCCAAGCUUCUUCCUCGGAGUCGGAUGCUGAUUGA